CCCACAUGCCGCCCGGCUUCGAGGGGGAGGGGGAGGGGGACUUCGGAAUUCGCAGAAAAUACAACCGCGCGAAAUCGUCCUAUGUCAGUAUUUCGUCACAUCUAAGCAGCUCUCAUAUAGUUCUAUCUAGCUCUAUCUUGUCUUGUUUUCAUUGUCCAUUCUGUAAACAGCACAAACAUAACCAGGAGUCUGUGUAUCUCACUUCAACCUCACGAGCUUCAGAUUCCCCAGACAACACCAUGACCACAAACCAGAUCCGAGACCUCCACGAGGUCACCGAGGACAAAGAGAAUGGCCUCAUAUUCGAGAAGAACGUUUCCGUGCCUCUCAAAGCCAGCAAUCUCCCAGUUCGAUGCAAUGUCUAUAGACCCAUUGCUCCCGCUGAUGCCAAAUUCCCCGUCUUGAUCACUUACGGACCAUACGGAAAGGACAUCCCAUAUGACAAUUUCUUCGCCAAGUCAUUCAGCGAGGUCAACCCAGAGCACAAGAGUAAAUACAGCGCCUGGGAGACGCCCGAUCCAGUAUUCUGGACUUCGCAAGGCUACAUCGUCGUAAGAGCCGACGAGAGAGGGCUGGGGCAAUCUCCUGGACUUCUUGAUACCAUGUCUCGAGGAACAAGCGAGUGUUUCUUUGAUGUUGUUGAGUGGGCUGCGGAUCAGCCGUGGUCAAGUGGAAAGGUUGGUUUGCUUGGCAUCAGUUAUUAUGCUGGAAGCCAAUGGCGUGUCGCAGCCCGUAGACCCAAAGGUCUUGCAGCCAUUAUCCCAUGGGAAGGCAUGACCGAUUACUACCGAGACCGCUGUCGCCAUGGCGGUAUUUUCUCCAAUAGCUUCAUCAAGUUUUGGUGGAACAGACAAGUCAUCACCAACCAAUACGGUAGACCUGGACGUGCUGCCUCAAAGUGGGGAGAAGAUACUAUUGAAGGAGAUCUUCCCGAGGAUGUCUUGGCAAAGAACAGGAAUGAUCAGAAUACUGAUAAUGAGAAGAAUCGUUUCUUAGAUGACGAGUACUACGCUUCGAAGGAGUUCAAUCUGGAAGAUAUCGAGGUCCCUAUUUUGUCAGUAGCGAACUGGGGUGGUAUUUUGUUGCAUUUGAGAGGAAACGUCAACGGCUAUGCCUGGGCAGGCUCCAAAUUGAAGUAUCUCCGCUUCAUCACCGGCAGACACGACCUCCCCUUCUACUACAAAGAAGAAGUCGAGGUCCAAAAAAGUUUCCUCGACGCCUUCCUUAAAAACGACGACCGCGUCGGAUGGUCUGUCCCCGGCAAAGUCAGUCCAGUCAGCGUGAUCCUCCGCAAAGGCGACGUAGGCUUCAACAACCCCGAAGCAGAGUCGAAAUACAUCCGCAGAGAAGAACCAGCCUGGCCAAUCCCCGGAACAAAAUACACCAAGUUCCACCUCACGCCCUCCAACACGCUCGAGACCUCUCCAGCCGCAGUAACGACAAGCACCUCUCAGACCCUCUCAUACCAAGCUCUCGGCUCUCUGGAAAAGCCCCAGGCAAUCCAAUUCACAUCCGCGCCCUUCGAGCAAGACACCGAGAUCACCGGCCACGUCACCGCGCACCUCAACGUAUCCGUAACGCCAGACUCCCUGUCCACAUCCCCAGAGAAGGACAUCGAUCUCUUCCUCACACUGCGUUACAUUUCUCCAUCUGGCAAAGAAGUCUUCUACACAGGAACAGCAGGUGAUCCCGUUCCCCUGACCAAAGGCUGGCUUCGCGUCUCUCUCCGCAAGAUCGCAAGCGACCAUCCGAGAAACUCGCCGUAUCAACCAUACCGCGAAUACCGCUCUACAGAUGUCCAGGAAGUCAAGGCGGAUACCGCGUAUGCUGUAGACGUUGAGAUCUGGCCUACUAACGUGGUGGCUGAGAAGGGGGGACGUAUUGUCUUUGAGGUUGGCUCGGGUGAUACGCAGGGAAGCGGAAUUUUCACGCAUACAAGUGAGGUUGAUAGACCGAAGGAGAAGUUCUCGGGGAAGAACAAUGUUCAUUUUGGGGAGGGGUUGGAGAAUUAUGUUACGCUGCCGAUUGUUCCUGCUAAAUAGAGAAAUAGAGAAUGAAUUGAUUUUGGCGCAAGUGUUUCUGAAUCAAAUACUUGUAUACAAUUCUCGAUGUGACGAAGCCCCUA